AUGGGCGCCGAGGCAUCGGCAGGGGUUGAGUCGUACUUUGCGACUCCUGCAGUGGAUCAUGCCGUAGCGGGCGUAGCUGCAGGCACGAUAUCGACGCUAUGCAUGAACCCACUUGACCUGAUCAAGACACGCUUUCAGGUGAAUCAGACGGCAUUUUCCCAUGUGCCCGCUGAGCGCUCGGUAUUUUAUCAGUCUGUAGCGCGAAGACGUUGGCUAUUUUGGCUCAUGGGAGGCAAGCCUGUUGUGGACAUUGCCGACGGCAUAUAUGGCAUAUAUCGGCACCACGGAUUUCGCGGACUGUACCGCGGGGUAGUGCCAAAUGUUGUCGGCAAUGCGUCCAGCUGGGGCCUUUACUUUUUGUGGUAUACUAUGUUUAAGGAUUUGAUGGUUCGCAACUCAGGUGAAGGGUCUGAGCCUGUGCGACUCUCGCCAAUGAGUCAUUUGCUUGCUGCGACCGAAAGUGGUGUCAUCACGGCCAUCAUGACGAACCCGAUCUGGGUCGUCAAGACACGUAUGUUCACCACCACUGUCACGGAGCCGCAGCUGCAACCUGGUGUAAGCGGCUCAUAUGGGCCCGUGGGUGAUCCAUCGCGCGCCGGUCUCGCACACAUUCUUCGAGAGCCUGGCGCAAAGCCGCCCAAAGCGUAUCGUGGACUACUGCACGGCCUUGUGUCAACUGUCCAGUCGGAGGGGAUUGCCGGUCUAUACAAGGGCGUGGGACUGGCGAUUGUGGGUGUAUCGAAUGGAGCAAUCCAGUUCAUGACUUACGAGCAGCUGAAGCAGUGGCGCUCGUCCAUGAAGCUGCGGCACAGCGUUGACGGCAGCCGGUCCUAUUCUGAGCUGGAGCUCGAUAGUGUCAAGCUAAGCAAUACCGACUAUACCAUUCUAUCUGGUGCUGCAAAGCUCCUGGCCAUUACACUGACGUAUCCAUACCAGGUGGUGCGCUCGCGUGUGCAAAACCAUGCAACAUUGCAUAUCUACCCGUCCGCCUGGGCGUGCAUUCGACGCACGUUCCGAGAUGAAGGUUUCUUUGCAUUUUAUCGCGGCUUUGCAACGAAUGCCGUGCGCAUCCUGCCAGGCACAUGCGUUACGUUCGUUGCUUAUGAAAACGUCGCAUGGAUGCUCCGCAAGGCGGCCGAUGCACGUUCUUCUUCUGCCUUGGAGGUAUCGUCUUGA